GAGAAGUGCACGUCGCUCGCUGUUUAACCAGGUUCAGUUAACUUUUCCGUGUCAAUAAACUUGGAAGCUCGUGAGUGAGUGAGACGCAGAUACAGUGUUUGCUAUUUGAAAGGGAUCGUGCAUUUUUCAUCCUGGAUACCGACCCGUUUGAUGAGCCGUCGCGGAGCGUGAUGCGCGCGCCGGCGUGGAGUGCGGGCGCGGCGCUGGCGGCCGUCCCGCGCUGGUCGCAGGCGCCCGCCCUCGACGACCACGCGCUCCAGCGCCCGCUCUACCCCUGCGACCACCACCUCAACCACCGACUCGCCAUAUGGAAUGGUGAUAUAACGUCGCUGGAAGUAGAUGCCAUCACAAAUACCACAGAUGAGACUCUAACGGAAUGCAAUGCAAUCAGCGAACGGAUCAUGCAGAUGGCUGGACCAGAACUGAAGGAGGAAAUCAUCACUAGAGGACUUGAAUGUCGGACGGGCGAAGUUGUAGUGACGCCAGGGUUUAUGCUGAGAUGUAGACACGUGAUUCACACAGUCAGCCCUAAAUACGUGGCCAAGUACCACACGGCUGCAGAGACAUCGUUACAGAACUGUUAUAAAAACGUACUGAAUAAGGCUGCGGAGUUAGGUGUGCGGACACUAGCUCUGUGUGUGAUCAAUACGCCUCGCAGGAACUUCCCAUCGGAUUUAGCAUCGCAUAUUGCCUUACGCGCGGUGCGGCGCCACCUGUCGUCCAGCAGCCGGCCGUCGGUGGUGGUGGUGUGGGGCGCGGCCGCGGCGCUGUCGUCGCUGCGGUGCGCGGCGCCGCUGUACUUCCCGCGCUCGCCCGCCCCCGCCCCCGCCCCCGCACCCUCCCCGCCGCCGCCCGACCUCCACGACCGCCGCAUACGCAUCAUACACAACCCGCACGACCGGGGAGCGGAUACCGCGGAGGACGACACGUCUCUGUGCGACGAGGAGGCAGCGGCGGAAGCGGCGGAGGCUGCGGCGGCGUUCGCGCGGGCCUGCGCCCCCGACACGCAGCGGCUGCUCGCGCCUGCAGCCUCCGCGCCCACGCUACAACGCCGCCUGCUAGACGAUCACGAGCAAUACGACAGGUUGCUCCGCCGCGCCCGCACAGAGGAUCUCAGCGAGGUGUCCGGCAUCGGUUGCCUUUACCAGAGUGGGGUGGACAGACUCGGCAGGCCUGUGGUCGUUUUCAUCGGCAAGUGGUUCCCCAUCGGAGACAUAGACCUAGAUAAGGCGCUGUUGUAUCUAAUCAAGCUGUUGGACCCGAUCGUGCGCGGGGACUACGUGAUCGCAUACUUCCACACACUAGCCUCCUCGGCCAACCAUCCGCCAUUCUCCUGGCUGAAGGAGGUCUACACCGUGCUGCCUUACAAGUAUAAGAAAAACUUGAAAGCGUUUUAUAUCGUACAUCCGACGUUUUGGACAAAAAUGAUGACGUGGUGGUUCACGACGUUCAUGGCGCCGGCCAUCAAGGCGAAGGUACACACGCUGCCCGGCGUCGAGUUCCUGUACUCGGUGAUGGCGCGCGACCAGCUCGAGGUGCCCGCCUUCGUCACCGAGUACGACAUGACGAUAAACGGCUUGCACUACUUCCAACCGGAUACGAACAACACGUAAAGCGGCGCACUCCCCUGUUCUUAACUUAGUUAACGCUCUUGUUAUAGGUACUAUGUUUGAUCGGCCUCGCUGUGUUGCCAUUUAGCCUUCAGAGAAACUACCAAAACCAUACACGACAUAGCUGAAAUAAUUUGUGUUCACAGAAUUUUGGUAGCUUUUUUCUCUAAAGACAGUGGUAACAUUAAUUCGAAUUGACCACUGUAGAUUCAAAGAUUAAAUUUUCUUUUUUUUCUAAGUGGCAAUAUCGAAACGCAAUUUGCAUGCGGCCACUGUUAAAGUUUGGUGGGAUUUUUAAAUAGUUUAAUUGUUACACUGUAUUUAUUGUACUUUAUUGAACAGAGUAAAUAAAGUAACUCGAUACCAUGAAAGUUACGCCUACACUGUGUAGGUGUUAUUUAGAUUUAAAAAAACUACUAUUUGUGUACAACAUGGUAGAUAAUUAUUAUAUAUUUUCUUAUAAAAUGGACUAUUGUAGAUAUAUUUGUUUUUUUUUUUAAUUAUAUACUAUUUAAGGAUCCCAAUCGAAACAUAAUGAUUGUUGAAGUAUAUCAUGUAACUUGUAUUAGCGGUGCAUUUUUAUAUUAUUUAAUUGUAACUCUAUAUUUAAGGAUAUAUUAUCAAUCGAUGUUUACGUCUUUAUUGUACUUACUACAAUACCAACAACACUUUGUACUUACUUAUUCAGCGUCUUAAUUCUAGAAACGUAGUAGUUUUUCUAACUAUAUAUAAAUUUUAUUUUUUUAUCGUUAUAUGUGCUAUUUUGAAGUCACACGUUAAUUUGUAUUCGUGUUUCGAUAUCUCGUGUAAUCGCUUGUUCCGUAACUCCACACUUAAACAAUCCUUUAACAGGGUAUUUAUUUAGCUAGCGCAUAGACAAAUAAAGUUAUUUUUUAAAUGAAUCAUAUAUAUGAUAUGUUCAAAUAUAAGUUUUUUAUAGAGAUUUUAUGUGGUUCCAUUAGCCAACAUUAGUGGUUGUAAAAGAAAGCGUUCACUAUGUUUUAGGAAGGUGCUUCAUGAGUUUGCAAGUGAAAUUUUUAUUUUUACAUUAGACAGUUGAAUGUAGACUUUAAUAUAUUGAUAAGUUAAAGUUGUAAAUACGCUGUUGAUAUCGCAAAUUGUGGCAAACGCCUGCACUAUUCACCGCGGUCGAUGUAUCCAGUUGUUAUAUAUACAAAUUAAACGAGGCCUGUCAUAUGUUUAGAAGCAAACAUAGCAAUUGCAAUGUAAGAACCUACCAUAGUGAGAUUUCAUAUUUUUGUAUAUUAAGAAACAAGUUAAACCUUACAGAAAUUUUUAAUAUUCCAACCAUGAUUUUGAGGACUGAUGACAGAGAUAUUUGCACACAAGAUUAUAAAGAAUGAUAUUGCAUCUUGAACACAAAAUUGAAGUUUAUUUUCAACACGUUGCUAUGAUUACGCCCCAAUUGGAGGGUAAAAUUGUAUGAUACAAUGAUGGAGUACGAAACGCCUUCAAGUCUUCCAUCUAGCUUACUCGCACCAUAUACAUGGAGACAGAAAGCAAAAAAUAAAUAAAAAUUGACGUCAAUUUGUGUUCACAAUGCAAUGUUUAUUAUAUUCUGCGCGUUAUUGCGUGAUACAGGUGACAGAUAUAGAAAAAUCUGAUCAUUAAUGAAAACUCAUGGAAAAAUGUUAAUUAACUAUUAUUCUGAUUUGAAAAACAUCACAAAAGACAAUACUUUUUAAAGUAAAAAAUUACAACUGUCACCCGCAUAAUACAACAACGCGCGAAAUAUAAGGUCGCUUAUAUACAGUUGGGUCAGAUUGCUCGAAUGCGAAUAACUUUCCGAUGUACUACGAUUGGAGCAUUUAGUAAUUACGCCCCGCCCUCUUUGGUAAUGGACGAAUCGGAUAACCGAUGACUGAUCGAUCGUAUAUCGGCGGCCUAAAUGUUUUGUAUUCUUGCAGAUGCAAUAGUGUUGCCAAGUUUUUUAAUUAAUAUACCACUGCCACAGAUGCUAAAAUGUUUAAUGCAACUGUAAUUUCAAUAACUUGCUAGUAAAUGGUGCCAUGAAGUAAUCACAUUGUGUAUGGGUACAUAUAAAUAGAAAAUUAUAAAUAAAAACUGUUACAUGAGAAAUGGCAAUGAAUAAAGGCUAUAAUAUAAUACUAUAACCAUCCAGUGGCGUAGCUACUUAGGGGCUAAGUGGGGCAGUGGGCAGUAAAAUCUCGAUCGAAUUGUUCUUUUGAAAUUUUCUCUCAUUUUCAAAAUAAAUAUGACAGAUUGCAAUGCGACUUUAAUUAUGGCAACUAAGUUGAGAGAAAUUCGAAAGUUAUACCUUCGGAAUUCCCCUAAUUUCUUUCUGUGGGUGGCAGUGUUGUCAAUUUGAUGGAUAGCAAUAUGUGCGGUUUAAUAAAA